UACUAGCCCACGCACGCACGUGACGUCACGCGUCGCUCCACCCACAUAUUUGUGUAGACCACCUUGCGUAUGGAAGUAUGGCGGCACCAGCGACGCAACUGCUCCCCGGACAAAGUUUACUGCUCAGGAUUUCCCGUCAGAGCGAUGAAUAAGUACGCGAACCGAUGGGAAGGCAACAAAGAGCUCGGCGAAUGUGAACGCAGGGCAGGACUUCCGCAACGAGUCGUCGGCCUCUGGCCGGCUGAGCUCCCUCGAGCUCUCCCCGCCGCCUCGACUGAAGAGCUUUCGGUCCGGGUACCACAUGAGAAGAAACUGGGAAGAAGGGACGCGGAAGUUUAGAAAAACGUACAGCGCACGCUGGACUCUCCUCAAAAUGUGGCGUCCGCAGAUGUGUUUCUGAGACUUUUUUUUCCUGUUUCUUUUUGUUUUGAGGCCACUUAUCCGCGCGUGUCCAUAGCGACCCAGCGAGGACCAACUGUUGAGCGCUCGAUGUGCAUUUCAAGGGUCCUGCGCCGCGUACCAGCACCACCAGCUAGCGCCAGUUAGCCUCCAUGGCUAGCGUCAACAUUAGCCCGUGGUCGCCAUCCAACCCUCAAUACAAACGUUUCAAUGUUACUUUGAAAUGCCCUUCUUUGACCCCUGAAGCCCUCAGGAUCCAUUAAUGCAAGAUAAACAUACCGGAGUGAUACGGAUCUGCACAGCUGACCCGCGGGACCCAAACUCCAGGAGAGGACGGACCGAGUCGGGAACAGGGCUCCCUGUCGUCUCCCGCUCCCGUCCCUGCUUGGUGACCAACUUUUGCAAGGUGACCAACUCAGUCCAGUUUGGAGAGUCCCGGCUGCGGCCUGGCACCGUGCCCUUAUGGGGCAGCAGCCGGGGAAGUUUGUCGGGGACCAGAGGAGACCUAGUCUGCCGGCCUUCAUCAGAGGUGGAAGGAGAGAGUCGUCGCGCCAUGGCACCCAGCCCUGUAACGUUUUCGUUGUGCACGAAGCUCUCCAGAGACCCGACUUUGAGAGUCCGGGUCUGACCGAAGCGGCCCGCUGGAACUCCAAGGAGAACCUGUUGGCUGGACCCAGCGAGAAUGACCCCAACCUGUUCGUCGCACUCUAUGACUUCGUGGCCAGUGGCGACAACACACUCAGCAUUACUAAAGGAGAGAAGCUACGUGUGCUGGGCUACAACCACAACGGCGAGUGGUGCGAGGCACAGACCAAGAACGGCCAGGGUUGGGUGCCGUCCAACUACAUCACCCCCGUCAACAGCUUGGAGAAGCACAGCUGGUACCAUGGGCCCGUGUCCCGCAACGCUGCCGAGUACCUGCUCAGCUCGGGCAUCAACGGGAGCUUUCUGGUGCGGGAGAGCGAGAGCAGCCCCGGCCAGAGGUCCAUUUCUCUGCGCUACGAAGGGCGAGUCUACCAUUACAGGAUUAACACCGCGUCCGACGGCAAGCUGUACGUGUCGUCGGAGAGCCGCUUCAACACGCUGGCGGAGCUGGUGCACCACCAUUCCACGGUGUCCGACGGCCUCAUCACCACGCUGCACUACCCGGCGCCGAAGCGCAACAAGCCCACCAUCUACGGAGUCUCUCCCAACUACGAUAAGUGGGAGAUGGAACGCACCGACAUCACCAUGAAGCACAAGCUGGGAGGGGGCCAGUACGGGGAGGUGUACGAGGGGGUUUGGAAGAAGUACAACCUCACCGUGGCUGUCAAGACGCUAAAGGAGGAUACAAUGGAGGUGGAGGAGUUUCUUAAGGAGGCAGCUGUCAUGAAAGAGAUCAAACAUCCCAACCUGGUACAACUUUUGGGUGUGUGCACACGGGAACCACCGUUCUACAUUAUAACAGAGUUCAUGACCCACGGUAACCUGCUAGACUACCUGAGGGAGUGCAACAGAGAGGAGGUCAAUGCAGUGGUGCUGCUCUACAUGGCCACACAGAUCUCCUCUGCUAUGGAGUACCUGGAGAAAAAAAACUUUAUACACAGGGACUUGGCUGCCCGUAACUGUCUGGUCGGGGAGAACCACCUGGUGAAGGUUGCGGACUUUGGCCUGAGCCGGCUGAUGACUGGAGAUACCUACACGGCCCACGCCGGGGCUAAGUUCCCCAUCAAGUGGACCGCUCCGGAGAGUCUGGCCUACAACAAGUUCUCCAUUAAAUCCGAUGUCUGGGCAUUUGGUGUGCUGCUGUGGGAGAUCGCCACCUACGGCAUGUCUCCCUACCCCGGCAUCGACCUGUCCCAGGUGUACGAGCUGCUGGAGAAAGACUACCGCAUGGACCGACCAGAGGGCUGCCCCGAGAAGGUCUACGACCUCAUGAGGGACUGCUGGAGGUGGAACCCCUCAGAACGUCCGUCUUUUGCUGAGACACACCAAGCCUUCGAGACCAUGUUCCAGGAGUCGAGCAUCUCGGAUGAGGUGGAAAAGGAACUCGGCAAAAAGGGGAAGAAGGCAACGUUAGGUCCCACCCAGAAGGCUCCAGAGCUGCCCACCAAAACAAGAACUCUCCGCAAAAACAUGGAGAACCGGGAUGGAGACAGUCCAGACCCACUGGAGCCGGACGUGGCUGUGCCGUCACCCAUGCUCCCCAGGAAGGAGCGUCCCAGCCUGGACAGUAACCUGAAUGAGGACGACCGCUUGAUACCCAAAGACAAGGACAAGACUCGAGGCAGUGGCUUUCUCAGUCUUAUAAAGAAAAAGAAAAAGAAUGCUCCAACUCCGCCCAAACGCAGCUCUUCCUUCAGAGAGAUGGACAUCCACCCCGACAGGCGGGGCACGACUCCAGAUCUCCGGGACGGCGACGGCUUCAACAACGGCGCGUCUCUGGCCAUCAAUGACAUCACACAGGGCCUCGACUCGGCAAAGUUCCUGAGCAACAACAACGGGGCGGGGGGCAUCACCAACGGGGCUCCCACCUACCCGGGACCUCUGUUCCCCCGGAAGAAGGGGGCUCCCGCCGUGCCCGGCCCCGGCGGGAAAGUGGCGACCACGCCGCCGAGUGAGGAGGAGUCCAUGUCCAACUCGAAGCGCUUCCUCUGGUCCUCCAGCAUGCCGAGUGGCCGAGACGGCACCGAGUGGAAGUCUGUCACGCUGCCGCGAGACCUCGGCCAGCGCCACUUUGACUCGGGCACCCUCGGGGGCAAGCCCGCUCUGCCCCGCAAGAGAACCAGUGAGCAAAAAGGGGAGGCCGCCCCUCGAAAGGGCACCCUGACUCCCCCGCCGCGCCUGAACACCUUAUCGGACGGUUCCUCGGCCUUCCCGGGCAGGGACGCCGAGCCAGGUUCGGGUUCGAGUCCCCAGGCGUUGACGCCCAAAGUGGUCAGGAGGUCGGGGCUGCUGGGCCUGGAGAACUCCAGGACCAGCGCUCUCCACGCCGAGCUUCUCAAGCCCAAUGUGUUCCCUGCUUAGGGCGCUGGGGAAGAGUGCAAGGCCCGCCCACGGCACCCGGGGGACCCUUCGUCGGUUAGGGAGAGGGGAAAGUUACAGAAACCCAAGCCGGCCCCGCCUCCACCACCCACCAAUGCCAAAACGGGCAAGAUGUCCCGCAGCCCCACUCAAGAUCUCCCCUCUCCCGCAUCCUCCACCUCCGAGAGCAAAGCUAAGGGCCUCCCCUCUCUGUCGGAGCUCCACCACAGCACAACCACUGGCAGCGACCACGCCCGCUCACCCCUCAGCGAGGGCCCCAAGAAGCUGCCCCCGGGCUCCACCGCCAAACCUCAGCCGUCAAAGACCCCCACCUCUGUGACCACCUCCCUCUCCAGCCCGGGCGGGUUCUCCGCUUCCCUCUCCUCCCCCAGCGACCUGAGCUCGACCACCGCUUUCAUCCCCUUGGUGAACACCCGGCGCUCCCUCCGCAAGACGGCCCCGCGCCAGGCCUCCGAGCGCACCCCCAACUCGGCCGUGACGUGCAACAUGGUGCUGGAGGGCGCCGAGCUGCUGCGCGCCGCCAUUUGCCGCAACUCUGAGCAGACGGGGAGCCACAGCGCCGUGCUGGAGGCCGGCAAGAACCUGUCCAAGUACUGCUGGAGCUACGUGGACUCCAUACAGCAGAUGAGGAACAAGUUUGCCUUUCGCGAGGCCAUCACCAAGCUGGAGAACAGCCUGCGCGAGCUGCAGAUCUGCCCCGCCACCACGGGGGGCGCCAGCGGCCAGCAGGACUUCAGCAAGCUGCUGUCCUCCGUCAAAGAGAUCGGUGACAUUGUUCAGAGGUAGCGCAGCAACAACAAAACAACAAAAAAAAACUCCAACUGCCAAGAUGUAAAACUGACAUGAACUGUAUCUAAGACUUCCCUUCUGUCUGCGAGCAUGAACUGCUGCAGCCGGCGAGCUCGUGCCGGAGGUGUGAGGUGAGAGCAGCAGCAGCAGCGUGUAGGUUUUCACUCUGAAAGCCUUUCAGGCCGCGUGUCACUAUGACUUGAACCCCUCCGUCGACGACGUCAGACGGAGUUUGUGAUAUUGAAAAAGCCUUCACCAUGAAAGAACAUUCCUUUGGCCUUUUUGUGAGAGGCGUUCUUUUAUCAACGUGACUUUUCAGCAAUCAUUUUUGAAAUGAUCAUGUCUUGUGUAUUCUAGUUGUGUUUCGUGUUUUAUCGAUGGCGCUGGCAGAAAAGAGGCCUGUGAUAUUUGUUUCCACCACUGUUGGUGGUUCUGUUUUUUGUUUUUAUCGACGCUAGUGACAAUGAGCAAAAACAAAACACUUAACCUCAACCUGUUCUAAUGAUGCCUUUUUAAGACUUAAACAACUGAUGUCGUAGUUUCCAUAGUCACCUGUAAGAAUUUGGGGAGCUUCUGGAAUGGAGCCUCUGUGCAACACGUCCCAUCAUUUUGCAUCGCUUAGUGCCGUUUCAUCAGUGAUCGGUUGUGUGAUGAGUGAUAACAAAGAUUGUCCUGUAUGAGUCGACCGCUUCUUGUGCCAUAAAGGAACUGCGGGAGCAAACGAAUGCGGCGGAAUGAGCUGUUGGCCUUUUUCUCUUUGGUAACAAAAAGUGCCUUAAAACGCCACUGUUCAAGAUGCACCACUUUACAAGUGUCGUGGUUACGGAUCGCUGCGUUGAUUCGUUUAUCGGAUGUGUGAUUUGUCAUACCAAAAACCUUUUUGUACUGGAGAGGGACCAUGGUGCGCGAUCUGCUACUCAGCGGAUCCGACUGUUUUGUCGUCUUUGGACUGGACCUUUUUUUUUGUCUUAUUUUUAUUCAACUGAUCCAACUUUGCCAGUCACCAAAAGCCAUCAGUAGCGGCUCGGCCUUGCAGCAGCACGCCGUCUGACCUGUGAAGGGGAGGAGGUCACAGACGGCGUUUUUCUUCUGGCCAUUGAAAGGACUCUCUGCCCGAGAAGAGGUGUCGACGGAGGGCUUAAAUGCUGUUUCAGAGGCCUUUUCCCACCCCAGCAGAAAACAAUAUGUAUCCUGGGGGAAACACUGGACUGAAAUGUUUAUGGAGCCUUCACUUGCUUGACCAUAAUCGAGUAGAAGCCUCUCCGAUUCCACUGUAACGUUCCUGAAUGCUCGUCAGUGACUGUGGGACACUCAGUAUUCGCCGCCCCCCCCAUGUGCCCGAUCUGACUGCGAUGCCUGUCCAGACUUCCACAUGGUACUGUCAGUGUUGGCUUUGUUUUAUAUUCUGCUCCUUAUCACCAUACCACUACUCAUCUUUAAUGUCAAAGCCUCGUCACCAAUUUGUGUAGACAAACUUUGCUUUCCUUUGUAAAUAUAUUUCUCUCUAGCCAUGGUGCAAUAAAAUAACAAGCAGUUAUGCUACUUGAAAGA